GACCACCUCAUUCAACAAAAUCAACUUUAUUUGCUUUGCUGUACACUGGUGCACCCUACUGAAGCCCUUAUUCUGAUGGGUUCUUUGAUUGGCUUUUCUUGAGUGAUAAAUUCAAAAGUCAGGGGGUGGCAAUUACAACACCAAAGUGUCACUUGUGUGUGGAAUCUUUGCUCUAUAAGUCACAAGCCUGCUCGCACAUGCCUCGGCCAUUGUCAAGUGUGCUGGUUUCUGUAAUCUGAGAACCAGGUGGCUACUGUGAUUGUGUUGAGAGAAACAUUUCCUCCAACACAGCCACUGUCUAGGCUGUCCUAGACUGGGAUACGGACCUUGGAUAUGCCUCUUUAAUGCUCUUUCAAGUCGCUGUGGAGAAUAGACAAUGACAGCUGCCUCUGGCCAUCAAUUUGGACCUCAAUCGUGAAUUUGGAAAUUUUUCCAGCUAUUUUUAAAAACAGGGGUUUUGUUUGCCUUGUUUUUGAGAAGAUAAGUGCACAAUGAGGAUUUUCAUAGCUUUUGAAGGAUCUUUUGAGGCAUUCGAUGUUGAAGCACAUACGUCGGUGGGCGCCAUCAAGCAGAUGAUAAAGGAUUACUUCCACAUUCCUCUUUCUGAAGACAAACAAGGCAGGUGGUAUCUUGAGCUGAUGUAUGCUGGAGCGGCCUUAAGGAACAGCUGGAGUCUGUCGGACGUUGGAAUAUCUUUCUGUUCGACUCUCAAAUGCUUUGUUAAGAAAGAAGACAAGCCCACUCUCUAUGUGUUCAAUGCCGUGACCCAGGAGAUGAUGCCAAUAAUGGAGAACAUGUCUCUCUUGGAUAAAAAGGUGUCUGACCUGAGAAUGCUGGUAACUCUGAAAUGCGGCUUCCCUGUGAGUGUCUACUGUCUCCGGACACCAACGGGACUGGAGAUGUAUGACUGCAACACCCUCAAGGAUUACCAGACUGAUAUCGGCACAACACUUCGUUUGGAUGUCUGGGAUGGAUGGAAGGAAUUUCUCAUGGGAUGUCUUCUUGGGCAAAAACCUAAAGUCCAACACUACUUAUCAAAAGAAGGACCAGUCCUCAAGUACCAGAAAAGGGUAGCCCUGUACAUCGCUGCUUUUCACGGACACACUGAGCUCACUGAAUGGGCUCUGAAGCAGGGGGUGCAGCCCCAUGAGGCAGUUGGGGUUCACCCUUAUCGAGCAUGGUGCCACGAAGCCCUUCACACAGAUGUCUCUAACUGCCCUAUUCACGCAGCCGCAGAAGCUGGCCAGCUGUUAAUUCUAAAGGCCUUUGUCAACUGCAGUGUCCUGUGCCUGGAAUGCAAGAACGCGGCAGGACAAUCUCCCCUGGCCAUCGCAUCGAAACACCAGCAUAAAGACUGUGUGUUGUAUUUACUGAGUAAAAUGUGGUCCACGGUGUCUUUUCUAAAACUUUCAGUCCCGAUGUGGAUUUAUAUUAAAAUAAAACAAUGGAUUCUCCGAGCUCAGAGUCGUAGGUGCCAUAAAAGCCAGCUUGGCAGAGGGAGGGUCUCUGGGGCAAAAGUCGGAGACACUGUGAUGGUUGAUGGUUUCACCAAGCCCAAGAUGACCUCCAAGAGUUGGUACAAGGCUGAAGACAAGAGCUGGCAAACUGCCCAGAGUAAAUUACCACCCUGCAAGCAACAGUCAAGCAGGAAACCUGUCGAUUUUUUACCAGUGUCACAGCGAGACACCAGAAAAGAAAUCUUCACAUUCCCGUCCUUAGAAGACGUGAAGAGCUUUUCAGAAGUGCGAAGUCAUCAACAAGUAAACCAGAAAAAAAUGUCUGCCCCGGCUAGAAAAGAAAGGCACAUCAAAAACCCCUAUCUCCCCCAGGUCCCCCUCCCUCCGGUUUCAAGAGUGGAUUAUGCACACCCUCUCUUCUACUGCCCUCCACCCAGGGCGGACUGUUUGCUAAGGUCGCUCUUCACAUCAUUCUCAGAGCACAGUGGGAGGACUCCACGCGAGAACGCCAUUUACUGCUUAGCUGUGGCAAGUGCCUUUAAAGAGAAGCGAUGGCUUCAGCAGUUAGAAAUAGCAAGAGUCCUAGCCAAAAGGAGCAUUUCUAACCUGACUGUCAAAGGAGGUCCGGCAAAGUGUGAAAACUAUCCAGAAACUGUGCUUUGAAAAGUCACGGCAGCCCUGGUUUGAAUAGAGAUAUGGCCAAACAGAAGCUCCAAUUCUGAUGGCAACAUAUCUAAUAGUAGUUCUAAUGCUACACAACUUCGACCUGAUGAGGAGCAAUGUUUAACAGCAAGCUUCCGUGAACACUGUAUUAUUCAAAACUCUCUAGAGAGCAGAACCUAUAGAAUGAGUACGUAUUAAAAGGGCUUACAUGGUGUAGUUUGGAUAGUCCAACAACAGGUGCCUUCACACUGAAGAACCAGGUGCCUGCUCAACCCAGGAGGCUGGAUGAUCCCACAAUCUCAACCAGCUGCCAAAGGUGUGAAGGAUUCUUGGUCUUCCCUCCACAUCAGCAUCCAGAAGAAGAUGGAUUUUUGUAUCAGGAAAGCAGGGCAUGAAGGCAAGCAGGCAAGAAGCAAAGGUUCCCCCUGGGACCUCCUUACAUGUGGCCGCUAUGGUGAUUUGAAAAAG